AGGCCGGCAAGGGGCGCUGUGUCGCGCAUGCUCAGUGAUACAUGAGAACAAGUCAUAUGUCAAGUAGCACGACAGCUAGCCGGUAGCACGUGGAAGGUGCAUCGUCACGUGACCCGGGAGGGCCAAUCAAGAGGCUGCCUCCCCACCUUGCCCCCACCUGACCGCUUGGAGGUCAAUGACCUUUUUAGGCGCCGCACGCUGACGUCAUCGCCCGAGACCCGAUCGGUUUCGCGUCAUUCCCGCCGCAGACGCGGACGUCCGAGAUCCUUUUUCCCGCGCUCGUCUGGCCGUCCCGCGUGGCUCAACGUGGGCGGCGCGUGGAUGCGCGUGCCCGCACGCAGCCGCUCGCCGGCGCGCCACCGCAGCCACAAGCUGGACGUGUCGCGGCGGAUGGACGCUGAGGUCUCUGCUGUCUGCUGCACGCGAACGCACCUUUGGAGGAAUCUGCACGGUCCCUGAACGCAACACCGCAGCUUCUUCUUCUUCUUCUUCUUCUUCUUCUUCUUCUUCUUCUUCUUCUUCUUCUUCUUUUUCUUUUUCUUUUUCUUUUUCUUCUUCUUUUUUUUCUUUUUCUUUUUCUUUUUCUUUUUCUUUUUCUUUUUCUUCUUCUUCUUCAAUUUUUUCUUUUUCUUCUUUUUCUUUCUGUUUUUCUUUUUCUUCUUCUUCUUCUUCUUCUUCUCCUUCCUCUUCAUGCACUGAGGAGCAAGUGAGGAGAACAUCAUCAUCACCAUGUUUGUUGUGCAGGUGUGCACUGUCCUCAUCUUCUUCCCGCUGGCCUCGCCAUCAGAUGUGUCAUGUGACACCCUGCUCCUCAUGGCCGCCAACGCCACCUUAUUUCAGACGUGGUCUACAUGGAAUGAGAGUCUACACAACGACAACAACAACAACAGGAGCAGUCAUGUGAUUGGACUGUACUGUGACACGUCUGUGGAUGGUAUUGGUACCUGCUGGCCCCGCAGUGAUGCUGGGCACAUGGUGGCACGACCUUGUCCUCACACCUUCUACGGGGUCAGAUACAACACCACCAGUAGUGUGUACAGGAAGUGUCUGGCCAAUGGGACGUGGGCAGCGAGGGGCAACUACUCCAUGUGCCAGGCCAUCCUGCAUCAGGAGAAGAAAGGAAAGCUCCACUACCAGAUCGCCGUCAUCAUCAACUUCCUGGGUCACUGCAUCUCCAUGUUGGCGCUGCUCGUCGCCUUCUUCCUCUUCCUGUGUCUCAGGAGCAUCCGCUGCCUGAGGAACAUCAUCCACUGGAACCUCAUCACCGCCUUCAUCCUCAGGAACGCCACCUGGUUCCUGGUGCAGAUCACCAUCAACCCCCAGGUGCACGAGAGCAACGUGGUGUGGUGUCGCCUGGUGACAGCUUCCUUUAACUACUUCCACUCCACCAACUUCUUCUGGAUGUUUGGUGAAGGAUGUUACUUGCACACGGCCAUCGUCUUAACUUACUCCACUGACAAGCUGCGCAAGUGGAUGUUCUUCUGCAUCGGAUGGUGUAUCCCCUUCCCCAUCAUCGUGGCGUGGGCGGUCGGGAAGUUCUACUACGACAACGAGAAGUGCUGGUUUGGGAAGCGGGCCGGCGUCUACACGGACUACAUCUACCAGGGUCCCAUGAUCCUGGUCCUGGUGAUCAACUUCAUCUUCCUCUUCAACAUCGUCAGAAUCCUCAUGACCAAACUACGAGCGUCCACCACCUCCGAGACCAUCCAGUACAGGAAGGCGGUGAAGGCCACGCUGGUUCUCCUCCCCCUUCUGGGCAUCACCUACAUGCUGUUCUUCGUCAACCCAGGUGAAGACGAGGUCUCUCAGAUGGUCUUCAUUUACUUCAACUCCUUCCUAGAGUCCUUCCAGGGCUUCUUCGUCUCCGUCUUCUACUGCUUCCUCAACAGUGAGGUGCGCUCUGCGGCCAGGAAGCGCUUCCAUCGCUGGCAGGAGCAACAUUCCAUCCGAGUGAGGAGCACCCAGGCCAUGUCCAUCCCCACGUCUCCAUCCAGGGUCAGCUUCCACAGCAUCAAACAGUCCACGUCGCUAUGACAACACCUCUUCUUCUUCUUCUUCUUCUUCUUCUUCUCUCCAUUCGCCACUUUGGAAGGAAGACAUCUGUGAUGAUGUCAUCAUCACAGACAGACAUAUUUGAUGAUGUCAACAUUGUUGGGAGACAUAUUUGAUGACGUCAGCACCACUGAGAGACAUAUUUGAUGAUGUCAUCGCUGAGAGACAUAUUUGAUGAUGUCAUCGCUGAGAGACAUAUUUGAUGAUGUCAUCGCUGAGAGAGAUAUAUUUGAUGAUGUCAUCGCUGGGAGACAUAUUUGAUGAUGUCAUCGCUGAGAGACAUAUUUGAUGAUGUCAUCGCUGAGAGACAUACAUGAUGAUGUCAUCGCUGAGAGACAUAUUUGAUGAUGUUGUAGCUGAGAGACAUACAUGAUGAUGUCAUCAUCACUGACGUGACAUGAUUGAUGAUGUCAUCAUCGCUGACGUGACAUGAUUGAUGAUGCCAUUAUCGCUGACGUGACAUGAUCGAUGAUGUCAUCAUCGUUGACGUGACAUGAUUGAUGAUGUCAUCAUCGCUGACGUGACAUGAUUGAUGAUGUCAUCAUCGUUGACGUGACAUGAUCGAUGAUGCCAUCAUCGCUGACGUGACAUGAUCGAUGAUGUCAUCAUCGUUGACGUGACAUGACUGAUGAUGUCAUCAUCGCUGACGUGACAUGAUCGAUGAUGUCAUCAUCGUUGACGUGACAUGAUUGAUGAUGUCAUCAUCACUGAUGUGACAUGAUUGACAGCGGAGUGAAGAAAUGUUGCUUUUGGCUGAAAGUCUGAUGCCAAAGUUUGACUGCACGUAUUGAUGGCUACAUGUAGUGAUCAAUAAGUGUAUUGAUCACUGCACGUAUUGAUGGCUACAUGUAGUGAUCAAUAAGUGUAUUGAUGGUUACAUGUAGUGAUCAAUAAGUGUAUUGAUCACUGCACGUAUUGAUGUAGCCAUCAAUAAGUGUAUUGAUCACUGCACGUAUUGAUGGCUACAUAUAGUGAUCAAUAAGUGUAUUGAUCAAUAAGUGUAUUAAUGGCUACAUGUAGUAUCAAUAAGUGUAGUGAUCAAUAAGUGUAUUGAUGGCUGCAGCAGACCAGGAAGUUGUGUGUACAUAAUGACAUUCCUGUGUAGAAUCUUCUAGAUGCUGAUGUAUUAUUGUUUGCAUGCCCUUCAGUUGUGUGACAUGAUUAUAAUGAUUCAUGUUUGAAUGAACAUGUUUGACUUUGUUGUGGGAGCACACAAUGAAAAUGAUAUUUUACACUCAAGCACAAUAUUUCAUACAAUUAUCAUUUUAGGAAAUGAUCAAAUGUAACUUUUUACACUUUUUCUCAGUUUACAUAACUCAA